UUUCUUGCACACACACUAAAACCGCCUUUCUGAAAUGGCAAUGGGCUCUUGUUUGUUCCAUUUAUCAGUUGAUGGUUAGGGCUUCGUAGGGGCGCUAUCCGAAUGUUCCAGCAGGUUCCUCUUUCGUUGUUUGGGCUCUCCAAUUCCAAUUUCCGACGGCGUUUUGUGCCAACCAUGCCUUGAUUUUUAUCCUCUUCUUUUUCUUCGGUGGUGGCAGAUCUGGUAUGGAAAUGUAUGAUGUUUCUGAAACUAGAAACGUGGAUGCUUAUUUGAUUGAAGGUAUUGAUCUGAACUCUCACUUGACAAGCCCAAAUUUUGAACAAUUUGAAGCCAUGUUUAACGAAGGAGCCCCUGAGUUUGUUGCUGAUCAGAACAUGUAUUACCCUGCCGCCAAUUAUGGGUUUUACUGUACAGGAUUUGAAUCACCCGUGGAGUGGGAGGACCACCAUAGGAUUUUUGGUGUAGAUGGUCCUGAUUUUCAGUACACGGGUGCACAAAACGAAAGUUUUCCAUACGUAUAUUAUACACCUAACUAUGGAUUUGCACAGUCUCCAUACAAUCCAUACAAUCCUUAUAUUCCUGGUGCUAUGAUAGGAGUUGAUGGUCCAUUUGGUGGAGCACAACAAUAUUACCCCUUCCCCAAUUAUCAGAACCCUGUUUCUUCACCUUCUUAUGUUCCUCUUGUUGUUCAACCAGACAAUUUUCCUGAUAGUUCUGUUGACUCAUUGUUUGAUACCAGUGCUUCUGUCAGUAGACCUGAUGGAAGAGGUUUGAAACAUAAGUUCAAUCCAGCUUCUGGUGCCUUUACUAGGAACUCUUCAAAACCAUUAUCAAAUCAGACAAGUUCCUUAGCCAGGGUAUCAGAAGGACCGAGAGCUAAUGCUGGGGUGAAGAAAGACUUGACAAAUGGAAGUGUUUCUGGCAGUGGUUUUCUGAAUUCAGCUUCGGCACCUGUCCAUCAGGCCAGAGGUGCUGAAGCCUCAAACGGACCUGUAGAUACUAUUUCAAAUGGAAAUGUUUUGUCUCAUCGUAAUCAAUUGAAAGUAGCUCUCCCUUUGAAUGGUGGAUUUUCUGACUUUGGAUCUAGUGCUAAUGGACAGUCUGCAGUUGCAAGAUUUCGACCGAAGGUUCACAUUGGCAAAGUACUGAGUGAUGUAAAGGGAAGCUCUGAUGUUUUGGGUGAGCAAAAUCGAGGGCCUAGAAUUAGUAGGUCCAGACAUCAGCUGCUGGCUGUCAAAGCCUAUACAACAAAGGCAGGAGAUAGUAAUACACAAGAUAACCUCAUCAUUUAUACUGAUCAAUAUAAUAGGGAAGAUUUCUCUCUUGACUAUGAAAAUGGGAAGUUUUUUGUUAUAAAAUCAUACAGCGAGGAUGACGUGCACAAGAGCGUUAAAUAUAAUGUGUGGUCAUCAACUCCUCAUGGCAACAAGAAAUUGGAGAGUGCUUAUGAAGAUGCUAAGAGAAUAGCUGCUGGAAAAUCUGGAGGCUUUCCUAUCUUUCUUUUCUUUUCUGUUAAUGCAAGUGGUCAAUUUUGUGGGGUUGCUGAGAUGGUUGGGCCAGUUGACUUCAAUAAGGAUAUGGAUUUUUGGCAGCAAGAUAAAUGGAGUGGGAGCUUCCCUGUUAAGUGGCACAUCAUAAAAGAUGUGCCAAACACAAAUUUUAGGCACAUUAUACUAGAGAACAAUGAGAACAAGCCAGUAACUAAUAGCAGAGACACACAAGAGAUAAUGUAUAGGAAAGGUAUGGAGAUGCUGAAAAUAUUCAAAAAUCAUACUUUGAAGACGUCUUUGCUCGAUGACUUCAUGUAUUAUGAAAACCGUCAGAAAAUCUUGCAGGAAGAGAAAUCGAAGUUCCUAAUCAAGAGUUUUGAAAGACCGUUAUCGGUACCAGCACUGGGACCACCUCGAAAGUUGAAUUUUGCUGUUGACAUUCCUCCUGUCAGUGACGAGAAGAAUUCAAAGAUGGAUGAUGAAUUUGAUAGCUUAAAACAGACUUCAAUUUCAAGUGCGGAGCAUAUUGUUAGUAGUUUCGAUGUCACCAGCACUAAGCCUGUUGAUGAUAAGGCUGAUAAAGGUACAGCUGAAAAAGAAGAUAUUUCUUCUAUUUUAAAGAUUGGUUCAGUGACUAUUACCCCAAGACAGAUAGAGACUAAACCACCGGGCGUUGGUGUUGCUAAUAAGGAACCAAUUGAUGUUCUAACAGUAGGCUCAAUGCAAGUCAAAGUUAAUGGAUUUGUUGAGUCUUCCGUUUUGAAGGUUGGGAGUAUCCCACUUGAUCCAAGAGCACUACAGCUGGACAAAGGAGUUACUUGUGUUAAAAAUGAAUCUCAUCCUUAAAAUUUUGCGUAUGCAUGUCAUGGCACCUUUUGGAUCUUUUUUGGUGAAGAUGGAUUAUUGUCCCCUGACUGUAUCACAGUUGGGAAGUUGGGUUUCUCUUCAGUCUUUUACUACUGAUUGAUACAACGCCAUACUUUGAUGUCAUGGAUCUUUAGAUCAGUGUUGAUUCAAAAAACUUUAAAAUGAAAUAGCAUAACUUCUUUUAUUUUUCGUCUGUGAGCGAUCAACAUACAAGUGUGUUUUCGUCAUUGCAGCUUCCAUAUACUCUGUUGUCGACUUGCUAGAACUUCUCCUCGCAACGCCCCCGUUUUCUAUAGUUCUGUUAUAUUUUUGAGGUCUACAUUCUGUUCUGUUUCUUGGAAUGUAUUUUAGUUUGAUUUGGGUUAAAAUGAAGAAAUGUAACGACUGAAUCAAUGAAAGCUUCUCUUUAAGAAUAUAACCACAUGUUAUUCUGUUUCUU